AUGGCUAGAGCCGACAUUGACAACCGCAGUCCGCUGCAGGCAGAGGCGAAGCGGAACUUUGAGAACCAAAUCGUCCUAAGCCCUUCUUCGCACAAUGCCUCUGUUGCACUUGGAGCCCGGACACGGGUUCUUCGAGCGUCGGACGUCUUACUGUCGUUAGCUGGCAAGACAGAGAAAGAAACCCUCGGAGAUGAAGAUUCUCCAGGCGUUGAAAGUUUUGCAGAAACUGUACGUCUGUUCCCGCCUCUCACAAAUGACGAUGGGGCCCCCAAUGGUGCUGUGGACUCCAAAUGCCCGGAUUGCGAUGCUGUCUUCUCCUCACCGUGCGAAUUGAAACAACACUACUUGACGAGGUUCUGUCCUGGUGCAGCUGUGGCAAUCUAUUUGAUGAUGCGAGAUCGUGGAUCGACAACGAGUUGCAAAAGCUGCGGGGAGGAGUGUAAUAUCUCAUAUGAGCCUGUUCUGAAUGACCCCAGAGACGAUAUCAAUCUUCGAGAUAUUCAAAAGGACAGGGUGAAUGGAGCGCACAGCAGAAGCCCAAGCAUUGCGCAGAAGAACCUUACCGGCUCUAAAUUCCAUAUCGCAACUAAUACCGCCGGGGAGCAGUCCUUUGCUCAGAGGGCCAGAAAGUUGCGGGAUUCCUGGUCGUUGAGAAAAAUCUCGCAAAGUGAUGAAGAUGAGCUUAUCGCAGUUAGUUUUGCUGGACUGUAUGACCUGGAGAGAGGUAGGUCAACCCUUUUCUCUGACUCGGCCGUGCUGAAGGUGUGA